AAAUUUCGGGUCUGAAACCAGAGGAGCUUCCUAAGCUGGGUGAGAGAGAACAGCGCAGAGUGCUCUGUUAAGAGUCUGAAAGUGAUCCAGAGGCGUUAGUGUUCAGAACGGUUGUGAAAACAAACCGUUUAUGGAGAGGUUUCUGGAGGCAGCUCGAGUGUAAGUUGAGUUUGGAACAGGCUCGUAUGCACAGGUCAAGAAUCGGAAUUAACCUUGAGGGUGAGAUUUGGAUGUAAUUGAGGUUGAACCUAAACAGCAGUUCCCAAAGAAGUCACGAAAGAGAAGUUAGUUACUGAAGACUUUGGAGUGAAGCAUUUGUGACUUCAAAAGUUCAAGAAGGCAUUGUCUUUGAGGCACUCAGUCUAAAUGCAGUAAGCUGAAGUAAUAAAAGCUAUGGUUUAUUGUGCACUUGUGUGCCAGACUUUGUGCUGUGUUUAGCAUCCAGAGAUUAGCUGUCACAAUACACCCGAGAGAGCACCACUUUUUUUGUUUUUUUUUUUUUUACUAGAAAGCUAAAUGGAAAAUAAGUUAUUUCAGGGUUACAUGUAUUAAGUUGAACGCUGACAUCCACACCAGCUGUGCUCCAGAUGGAUGUACAUGGUAGAAUAAGAGAAAUCCUUGCUGAGACAAUACGGGAAGAAUUGGCGCCUGAUCAACAACAGUUAUCAACAGAAGAUUUGAUGAAAGCCCUUAGACGUCGUGGAAUCAUUGAUGAUGUGAUGAAAGAACUUAAUUUUGUUUCUGACAGUGUUGAUCAAGAACUCCCCUCUUCUCCAAAACAAUCUGUUUGUUUUACUGAGAGACAGUCAACAUUGUUAAAAAAAACUAAUAUUGAUCCAACUCGGAGGUAUCUUUACCUUCAGGUUUUGGGUGGAAAAGCUUUCUUGGAACAUCUGCAAGAACCUGAGCCUUUACCGGGACAAGUUUGUUCAACCUUUACUUUAUGUUUACAUUUUCGGAAUCAACGUUUUCGUUCUAAACCUGUUCCAUGUGCCUGUGAACCAGAUUUUCAUGAUGGCUUUUUACUUGAAGUACACAGAGAAAGUUUAGGUGAUGGAACUAGAAUGGCUGAUUCAACAACAAUGUUAUCAAUAAGUGAUUCAAUUCAUAUGGUGCUAAUCAAAACAGAUAUAUUUGGUGAAACCACUUUAGUUGCAUCCUAUUUUCUUGAGUGGCGAUCAGUUUUGGGCUCUGAAAAUGGAGUGACCAAUCUUACUGUGGAACUUAUGGGUGUAGGCACAGAAUCAAAAGUGUCUGUGGGAAUUUUAAAUAUAAAACUUGAGAUGUACCCACCACUCAAUCAAACAUUAUCUCAAGAAGUGGUGAAUACGCAGCUUGCUUUGGAACGACAGAAAACUGCAGAGAGAGAGCGAUUAUUUCUUGUGUAUGCUAAGCAAUGGUGGAGAGAAUAUUUGCAAAUUCGACCCUCACACAGCUCACGACUGGUUAAGAUUUUUGCACAGGAUGAAAAUGGGAUAAAUAGACCAGUCUGUUCCUAUGUUAAACCACUUCGAGCUGGGAGACUUCUGGACACGCCAAGGCAAGCAGCAAGAUUUGUUAAUGUUCUGGGUUAUGAAAGAGCUCCUGUUAUUGGAGGAGGAGGUAAACAGGAGCAAUGGUGCACUCUGCUGGCCUUUCUCUGUAGAAACAAGGGUGAUUGUGAAGAUCAUGCCAACCUUCUGUGCAGCCUUCUUCUUGGAUAUGGCCUAGAAGCCUUUGUCUGUGUUGGGACUAAGGCAAAGGGAGUACCUCAUGCUUGGGUUAUGACUUGUGGAACUGAUGGAACCAUCACCUUUUGGGAAAGUUUAACAGGACACAGGUACAUCCACAAAUCUGCCAAUCUUGAUGAAGCGCCAGUUGCUGAACAACCCAAACCAUUAUAUCCAUAUCGAACAAUUGGUUGUGUUUUCAAUCAUCAGAUGUUUCUGGGAAACUGUCAGCCUUCUGACUCAGUAGAAAUCUGUGUAUUUGAUUUGAAUGAUGAAUCCAAAUGGAAACCCAUGAGUGAAGAAGCAAUUAAAUCAGUUUGUGCUCCAAGAGCUAUAACGUCCCUUCCUCCCUUUCCACCUCUGUGUGCAUCCUCAAUUGAUGCUUCAGUAACAAGUAAUGAGAUAGAAAUGCAGCUAAGGCUGCUAGUGUCAGAACACAGGAAGGACCUUGGCCUCACUACUGUUUGGGAAGACCAGCUUUCCUAUCUUUUAUCACCAGCUUUGGCUUCCUAUGAAUUUGAGCGUACAACAAGUAUAUCUGCAGGCAAUGAAGAAUUUCAAGAUGCCAUAAGGAGGGCUGUACCUGAUGGUCACACAUUUAAAGGAUUUCCAAUACAUUUUGUGUAUAGGAAUGCAAGACGUGCAUUUGCCACUUGUCUUCGGUCUCCUUUUUGUGAAGAAAUAAUCUGUUGCCGUGGAGACCAAGUGCGAUUGGCAGUUCGUGUCCGAGUGUUUACUUACCCUGAAUCUGCAUGUGCUGUUUGGAUCAUGUUUGCUUGUAAAUAUCGCUCGGUGUUAUAGGACUAACAUUUCUAUAAGAAAAUUAUCUGUAUUUUGUUGGAAUUUUACACAUUGUACAUUACUAGCAGUUUAGAGAUUCCUUAUUUUAAAAUCACCGUCUGACUUGGAUGUCAUUUUUCAAUUUUGUAUAUACCUGAUAAUGUUUGGAAAAAAUCAUGAUGUGUGUAUUUAAAAACUAAGAAUGAAAUAGUUGCAUAAAUCUGUGUGGAAUUUAGUAUAAAUUAAGUGUAUAUUCUAUUUUAAUAAUUGAUACUUUUUACAGCUAUUCAAUAGUUUAAAUAUGAAUAUAAAAUUUACUCAGUUUCCUUUACAUUAACUGGUACUCAGAUAUUUGCCUAAGAUUUGAGUCAUAGUAAAAUCAGUAUAAUCAUUAUUUUUCAUAGAAUAAUGAAAUUGUUUUUUGUACAAAUUAGGAGAAAGUAGCUUUACAACAGAUUUAUUUAUUACAUAGGUGAAAAUAGAUUUUGGUGAAUUUCCACUUUUGUGGUUUACCAUGGCCAUACUAAUAGUUGUGACUUUCCAGAGAUUGAUGGGAAGACCUUGAUGUGAGAGUAGGGAAAAGCUAUUACCAGAAAAACAGAAAUAUGAAUAGCAAAAUAAAAAUCAUAUGAGAGUACCUGAAUAAUUUAUUUUUUUUUUUUUAAGAUUUAUUUAUUUAUACAAGCACUGGGUACAGUCAGAAGCGCUGGGUACAGUCAGAAGCGCGGGAGGGUGAGAGAAUUCACCAG